AUGGGGAAAUGCCCUGCUUUGAUGAUAUACCUCUCUUCUUUUAUUCUUUUUGUCCUUCAAACACUCCAUGGUGUUAACUCCGUAGAGUGUUUCGGAAGCUCAUACAACCGUAACAGCAGCUACCCUAAGAACCGCGAGAAACUCUUCUCUGAUCUUGCUGAUAAAGUCGUUGCUAACCGCGGAUUCUACAACGCUUCAUUCGGCCAAUACCCCGACAGAGUUUAUGCUCUUGCCAUGUGCGCAAGAGGCUACGACGAAGAAGCUUGUUUCAGUUGCGUCCAAUCAUUGGCUCUGGAUAAACAAAAUAAAUGCCAAAGCCGCAAGGACUCCUUCAUAUGGGGAGGCAAUGACGACGUUUCUUGUCUUGUUCGUUCCUCAAACAACUCAACUUUUAGGAGCCUCCAGCUUAGUCCUCCUUUUGUAUCCUGGGAAGCAAUGGUUAAUCGGACCCUCAAGGCUGCCACGAAGGCUAAUACUUCCUCGGUACUCAAGUACUAUAGUGCCGGAAAAGCCGGGUUCACAGAGUUUCCAGAUGUUUACAUGCUGAUGCAAUGCACACCCGAUAUAACUUCUGAAGAUUGCAAUGCAUGUUUGGAAGGUUGCGUGGUAUAUUUUAGAACAAAGUAUCUAGGAAGAGGAGGAGGCAUGGUCACUAGACUACGUUAG